AGUUGGCUAGCGGAACAACAGCAGCAGCAGCAGCAGCGAAGGGUUCAGAUUCAGAGCCCGAGACCGAGAUUUAUCACUGUAUUCAGUCCUUAUCUGAAACCGAAGGUAAAGUAGCCGUUCUUUCAGCGUGAAGAACCGGCUUAUCUACGAUAAUGUGCACGGUAACUGGUCUUUUAUGGAAUGACCACCUCGCAGAGAUAUAUUGAAUCCAAACCAGCGGCCCGGUUUGCUGACAUGGAGUGGCAGACGCCAGCUGUGUCAGAGAAGUUCCAAAGCCGUUUUGGCCGCCGGCCCGGAACAUCAGACAGCGGGGACACUGGUCUUGGCACAUCAGCAUCUGACAGUGCAGAAGAUUUCUGCAGUUCCAGCAGCAGCCCCUCUUUCCAGCCCAUCCGCAGUCAGAUCCCCAUACCCACUGCACAUGUCAUGCCAUCCACGGCCGGAGCCCCGGCCUCAAAGCCCCAGUCAUGUGUCCAGGAGGACUGCCUGUCCUCAGCUGCAGGUCACAGAUCUUCCUCUGGCUCCAGAACCCCAAGCGGCACCACGUCAAAGUCCUCCUCUCUCUCCAAAUCAGCAUCUUCGCCCAACUUGGAUGCUGAAGUUGGCGUGGGAGGAGAUCCCGUCGGGGUAAAGCCCGACUGCCUGAGUCGAUACCGUAGUCUGGUGAAUGGGCUGGACCACUCGCUUUUCCCAACAGACCAUACGCGAUUGGACGAGGGCCACAGGUUUGAUACUCCUGCGGUGGAACCUACACUGAAUCAGUCAGCCAUUCUGGGUGGGUUAUGCCCUGACAUGAGACUCCGGUUACAGACCGGGAUUAGAGACACUCCAGACUACGUGUCUGAGGCCUACAGAGGAAGUUUGGAGCACAGCUAUAAAGUUCUGCCUGAAGCUAGGCCUGGUGUUCCUGGUACUGCAGAAGCCUCUAAUCAAAGGGGCGGACAGCCUGGUGUGGCCGGAUCUGCUGGAGUUUAUACGAGUCCUCUUAGCCUUCAGACGCAAGCUCUGUUGAGAGAGCACGCAGGCUCCAAAGGUUAUGAGCCGCUGCGGCAGGACAGAUGCAGUGAACUUCCAAGCUGGCAGCAGCAACAGCAGCAUAAACAACUGGAAAGCUUACGCUUGCAAAUGGAACAAAUGCAGCUAAUGGGUGGAGGAAUGGGUCAGUACCCACCUCUAUACUCAACACCGGUUCACUCUGAGUCGGGCAAGUGGGACGCGCUGGUCAAAGCCAGCGAGAGCCUGCUAAAGGAGAAGGAGCUUAUCAUUGAGAGACAAAAGCAGCACAUGGCCCAGCUGGAGCAGCGUCUGAGGGAAAGCGAGCUGCAGGUUCACGGAGCCCUCCUGGGCAGAGGAGCUUCUUAUGGAGAUAUGUAUAUGCUGCGUCUACAGGAGGCUCAGAGGGAGAACGCGUUCUUGAGGGCGCAGUUUGCAGAGCGCACAGACUCUGUUGUUCUGGAGAAAGCAGAGGCAGAGCGCAGACUCGCGGCAGUUGAGGCUGAGAUGCGGCGACUGACCGAGAAUCUGAAGGAAGCCUGCGAGAGGCACACGGAGGAGAUGAAGAAACAGGAAGAAAGGAUCCGCAGUCGAGACAAGCACAUCAGCAACCUGAAGAAAAAGUGUCAGAAGGAGUCGGAACUGAAGAGGGAGAACCAGCAGCGUAUUGAGACUCUUGAGCGCUACCUCGCUGACCUGCCCACCUUGGAGGACUACCAGAACCAGAACAAACAGCUGUUGGAAGCUGAACAUCAGGUAGCAGAGCUAGAAAGGAAAGUAAAAGAACUGGACGACUGUCUGGCGACGACAAACUCGCAGCUGAAGGAGAAAGACUCAUACCUGGAGGAGCAGAAACGCAGGGAGAGGGACCUGCUGACCACCAUUACUGAUAUGCAGCAGCGGGUACAGCAGGGCCUGGAGGAUGGAGCCAGACUCCCUUCUCUGGAUUUUGAGAAGCUUAGAGGAGAGAACAACAGUUUGAAAGAGGAGCAACAGAGACUCAAAAAGGUUAUUGAGAAGCAACACAGGAUGAUGGAACAGCUUGGAUCACAGAUCCAGGCUUUGGAGGAGCAGAUAUCUCAGGAAGAAAGCAGCUCUCAGGCUCUCAGAGAGGAGGUGCUGGCCAAAGAGCAGAACGUGUUAGAGCUCCACACAGCCAUGAAGGAGCUGUCGACCCAGAACCAGGAACUAAUGGAGCAGAAUUUGACGCUGCAGGAGCAGAUGAGCGAUCCAGAGCAAAAGUGCACUAACCAGGCUUCCUCUGUCCUGCAGCCAGCUGGGGCUAAUCUCACAAAGAGACUGCAUGCUGAGAUUGCUUCCUGCCUCAGUGACCUGCGCUCACUGUGCAGCAUCCUAACCCAGCGAGCCCAGGGACAAGACCCCAACCUGUCCCUGCUCCUUGGCCUCACUUCACCCCCAUCCGUGGCGGAGCACGGCGAGGACUGGAUGAAUCCUGAGGUGCUGCAGAAGAAGCUGGUCGAAGUCCAGCAGCUCCGGCGCGAUGUCGAGGAGCUGCGUAACGUAAUACUGGACCGUUACGCUCAGGACAUGGGAGAAAACUGCAUAACUCAGUAACCUCGACAACCAGCCACGAUGGAGGAAACUUGCGGGAACCUCUUCAUCUUGGAGGACUCUUAACAGGCUUUUCUUCCACGCUUUGUUCCUGAAUGUCAGAGGACUGGACUAUAAUUUCCUUGAAACGAGGACAAAGGAAAGCCCAUAUGGUUUAGCUUCUACUUCUCGACUGACUGCAUGUCGAGUCUCAAGCCUGCCUGUAGCUCAGAGCCCCCACCUCCCCGCCCCCAUCCCAUUGAGUUCAUCUAUUUCAGUCCAAGGGCUAACAGAAUAUAACUUACCUCUAAUACUUGAUCCUUAAGCAUUGUGUGUCUGUGUGUUUGUGUGCGCACGUGUGGGUUUUUUUUUGUUUUUAUAAUGAUGACGACAUGAUGCUGUCAGUUACCAAAACAGUCUUAUACUUUUUAUUCCACUUUGGUGGAAAACUCUUUGUGUAGAGGUCCUGCAAAUAUUAACUUAUUUAAAAUUUAAUUUCCCUCCAAAGGGGAAUUAUCUGAGAAGUAGUUGACAAUCAACUGAAAAUAUUUAACCUUUGCUUUUUACUUUUGCUUUUUUUUUUUUCUUCCUUUUUUUAACGACUUUGCAAGGAAAUGUUACUAAUGCGCCAUUUGAAAUGGUGAACACUGUAAUACUGGACUCUGCUGUGAGGUAUGAGGCAUAAUAACUAAAAGAGGUUUAAUACCAAAUCAGCUUCUCACACCAACAGGCCUACCGUAUACCAAAGAAACAUCGGUCGAAGCAGUCGUGCAGGUGUGCGAGCACUCCUCGCUGCUGCAGGCUUCCUCCUGAAUGAAUUACCAACAUGUGCCUUUCUGUCGCGUUUGCAACUUCAAUGCUAAUUUCAUCCCAGACCAACCACAAAGGGCUGAUUGCAGCUGACUCUUCCAGUAUAACCGUUCACUCAGUGUGUCAACCAGUAGGACAGUCAAUACAUUCCCUCUGACACUGAAUGUAGUAGGAAAAAAAAAAACGUGUUGCAAAGCUCGAGUUGGCCCUGGUAGAUGAUUAAAACACGGUGAAAGUCUGAGCGUAGAUAUAGCGUAGAUUUCAUGUCGAUGACAGCAGACUCGCAUUCAAGCCGAGCGGUGAACUGUUUGAGUAAAUGUAUGAAUGAGAAACAGUAUUAAUCUUCAGUAUUAUUUAUUGUUAUUUUAGGGUUUUUUUGUUUGCAUUGAAAACUCUGUGUGAAAGUUUUCUGGGUCUUCCUAACGUGUUGUUGCUGUAAUAAUGUGCUAACGUGUCUCAGCAAGCAUCCACAGUGUGCAAAGGUCCCAUGAAGUGUCUGUUAGAUUGUAUUAUUUCUUUGUGGUUUGAGGUGUGAUGAGAUGGGAUGUUCCUUCAGGCGUUUUGACUGUGGAGGUGACUGUGGAGGGGUUGGCUGGAUCACCCCAUAAUCACAGGUCACAUCGAAGUGAAUGGAGUUUUUGUAUUUGUCCUGACGGUGAGAUAAGCCAUUUAAAAGGGGAAAACAAAAACGAAAAAGCAUGACACUUUAUGGGAAGAGAAAGGGAUUUUAACAUAAAAAUAUGCAAGAAUGACUUUUAUUAUUCUGAACACCACCCAGGGACACACAAGCCAUUUUUCAUUUCAUGGGACCUUUAAACUUGAGUAGCACAAGAUUUCUCUUUGAAAAGUCGGGCUCCGCAUGCCUUAACAUCUCAAAUGUUUUGCAAAAGGGAAAAAAUAUGUUUAUAUUUUCAUACUUUUGUCCUUGUUUGUAUUUGCAUAUUUUAGAAAUAAAGAUUUUCGACACUUGGUUUUGUUUUAA